AUGACUCUUCCAUUAUCGGAAGGCCCAUUCCAAUUGAUCCGACCGAUGCUUCGAAACAAAAUCCCUCAUAUCACAUACAGUCUUCUUUGUUGUGCAUUCUACAAGAAGCAGUUACUUUUUGAUGCGGUGAAAGAUGUAGCCCUUAUUGAGAACGGCGAACCUGAAGAUUAUUUACCGAUGCCAACAGGUUACGGCUAUGCGGCUCCCAGGCUGAUAUUCGCUUUCAUCACAUUCGGAAACAAAAUCAUCGGCAAGCAAGAAGUUGAAAGCGAUGUGCAACUACUUGAGUUCCAAUUCUUAGUCAUCUAG